AUGUCGUCUUUCAAAGAAACCCGGGAACAGCGACGCCGGAAGCUUGGGAUUGACUGCGUCAGCCGUAUCUUGUGGCGGCACUGGGAGCCCAACAACGAGUACGUGAAAAAGAUACGGAUUAUGAAUGCUGAAUCCUGGCCGCAAACGAUCAAAUACGAGCAGCCGCUGCGGCGGAACGUGUUUCUGCUGGAGUUUCCGGAGCCGGUGACUCUCAGCAGUGGCAUGAGCUUCGACCUUGAAGUGCGCUUCUGCCCAACGGAGCUGGUUGAGCUGCAGGAUGUGGUGAAGGUGACGGUGGUGGGGCGAGGCAGCUUCACGGUGCGCCUGGAGUGCCAGACGCCGUACGCGCGGCUGCUGGUGCCGUCGCAGCACGACUUUGCCUUCGUGGCGGUGGGUGACACGGCAGCACACACCGUGACGAUGAAGAACUCCGGCACCGUCGCUGUCGGGUUUGAGUGGUGCGUCAUGGCGCCGUUUGCGAUUACACCCGACCACGGCGUGCUCGACGAGGGGGAGUCGGUGACGCUCUCGCUCUUGUUUGCUCCGGUGGAGGCCUGCGCGUUGGUGGCGCAGGCAGUCUGCAAGAUGACCGACAACAACGAGGUUUUGGCGACCAUUAAGCUGUCGGGGGUGGGCAAGUACCCCUUCAUCCGGCUCGCUGAGCCGCGCCCGGCGUGCGAUGGCAACACGCUGCUGCUCGACUUUGGCCGUCUGCUGACCGCCACGUCUCAAGGCAAAGAAUUUAGCCUUGAGAACCCUGCCAUGGUGGACGCCGCCUUCGCGUUGGAGGCGGCUGACAACGCCGUCUCUUGCCCCUUCACGAUCACGCCAAGCAGCGGCGUCAUCCGGCGGGGCACGACUCAAAAGUUCAAAGUUGUCUUUGCCCCCGUCGUGUCGGGUAUGACGAGCGUGAACGCCUACCGCCUGGCGACGCUCACAGGGAACGCUGUUUUGGUGCAGUUGCGGGGCGUCGCUCUCGCCCCCGCCGUGCGCACCUCGACGAACAUCAUCGACUUUGGGGACGUGCAGCUCGGGAAGGAGGCGUGUGCGACGCCCGCAGGCGCCGGAGAUCGUGGCGGUGCCCAUCAACGUUCCUUUUUAAUCAAAAAUGCAUCGGAGGUGGCCCAGGAGUUUUGCUUCAUGCCCUCCGCCCCGGGCGUGGUGUUUGCGGUGGAGCCGGUCUCGGGACAGCUGCCGGCGAAGGGCUCGGUGCGGGUGAAAGUGGUAUUUAACCCCACGCACCCUAUCAAUUACCUGCGCCGGCUGCUCAUUCUCGUCCAGCACUCAGAGAGCCUCUUGUACGUCGACGUCUUUGGUAGUGCCUACGACGGGUCCAUACGCCCCAUGCCGAUGAAGCCGCGGGAUGUAGAGGCCUUCUUCCUGCGGCAUGAGUACGGCCUUGCGGGGGCCCAGCCGAAGGAUAUUGCCGCCAUCACGGAGGCGCUGCGCACAGGCCGCUCCUACGAGGACCUCGCCCACGGAGAUCUCAUCAGCACCCCGCCGUCCGCGGGGUUGGGGCAGCGACCGUCAUCAUCACCCUCCACUCAACCGGGGUCACUCAAGGGCGUCACGCGGCGACGCAAAGGGCGGUUAAACCUCUCGUACUUACUGACAUCUUUUUCCGCGGGUGCGCCUUUUUGCCUUGAUACAGACACUCUGGUGUUUGCACACGAUGGCGAUGGGUCGCAACAGGUCUUGGUGUACAAUAGAACCAAUGCACCGGCAACGGCGUACUGGUGUGUGCCGCCAAGCGGCUGCGCCUUUUCGGUCCUGCCGUUGCAGGAGGACAUCCCUCCCCAGUCCUCCCGCGCCUUCACCGUGACGAUGAAUCUUUCUGCUUACGUACUCGUUGCGGAUCAGUUUCUUGAGUGUUACGUGAAUUUCAGGCAAAUGCGUUCCUUUCGCCUCGUGGAGGACGGGGCUUUUACCCCACCUCACUUCUUCACUCUGAGAUGCCAGCGGGAGUUGGCGAUCAAUGCCUCUUACGCAGGGACCUUCGCACCGGUGGUACACGCCAGUCAGUCCAUCACGUUUCCUGCGUGUCGCUCGGGCAGCGUUGUACACGCCCUUCUCGACCUGGAAAACCGAGGCGAGGUGGCGGUUAUGUUUACAGUCGGUAUCCACAUCGAUUCGUUGGAGCCAAAGGGCAAAGUGAAGGAGGCUGUGCCCAACCUGAAACUUGUUCUCAGUGAUCCGACGCAUGGAAUAAUGGCGCCACACCAGCGCCUCCCUGUCCUGCUGACGUUCUUGCCGACCUUAGCCGCACGGGUUCGCGGCGGGGCAACUAUCACCCUCAACGACAGUCCGCGGGACACGAUUGAGGUCGCGUUCUGUGGUGAGAGCUUCUCGCCGGAGCUGGUCAUCGAGGAUAGCUCUAUGAUUGUCUUGCGCCCCACGUGUGUCACAGGGGAGACACGGCGGCAACUACGCAUAUCCAAUCCAACCUGCAUCUCAGUUACCUUUGAGGUUCAACCUUCACGGGAGCUUGCUUGUGUGCUGAAAAUAAACCCCACCUUUGGCGUACUUGAGGCUGGGCAGCAGAUGGAAUUGACGCUUCUCUUCACUCCGGAUGAGGCGACCAUAUACGAAGGUUGCAUCAAUUUUUGCAUUUCUAAUGGUGACACUGGGAGUACAACCUUCCUGCGCGGUGACGGCGAUGUGUUGGAGGAGGAUCAGAAGCAUCUCAUCUCAUGCCCGUGCACGGCUGAGGGUCACUACGCCGUCGUGGAGGUGGAGCCGGUAAGUAUGGAGCAUGAAGGCCCCGCUCUGCAGAAGAAGACCUUUGUGUGGACCAUCUACAACAGCAGCCUCUGUGAGGUGUGCUACGAGGUGCGCUGGCUCGCGGUGACGGAGGCGACGCGGUGCCAGGAACACAUAGAACCUUCCGUACAGUUGAGUCAUAACAAGAGUGGAACACUGGCGGCACGCUCCCACACCGUCGUACUUGUGACGCUGCGACCCCAGACAGGGUACUCGGAGUACAUCUUAUAUACGUUAGUGGGCGGAAGCGGGGUUCCGCUGAGUACGAUACCGCAACCCAAAGGUCUGGAAGAGGUGCGACAGCACCCACACUGUGUGGUCCAGCUAAGAGGCACGCGACCGGCCGUCCAGAUCACCGACGUUCGUUCCUUGGAACAGCACAGGUCGCAGUUGUGGUGUCAGCUGGCCAUCAACGACGUCAAUGCGGUUCUUGCGGCACCUGUGCAGGCGAACGACCUGGAGAACGACUCCUUCGCCUUUUUGCAGUACAUUCGCGGGCUUGAGCCGAUCUUUAUGGACAUGGGUGUGGGCAGCGUCCACGAUGCCAGCAAGGAGAUUCUGCUCUGUUUUGAAAACGCGGGAAAUUUCCCCGCCUCCUUUCGCUUUUGGGACCCACUCGAACACGAGGGAGGCAACGAGACAUGGUUCCUCGACGAUGAGGAGAUGGAGGAUGUGCAACAAAUCCUCUGCAACCGUCUCUUGGAAAUCUCGCCUCGGACGGGUACCAUUGCGGUGGGGGCGCAGCAGGUGAUCACCAUCACUUACCACCACGCGGUUGUGGGCGGACACUCUCUUCCGGUGCUGCUCCGCCUUGAAGACGGCAAGAAGGCACUCUUGGUGUUGGAAGGCCGCACAGUCGCCCCUGACACCGGCGUACUGGCCUUUCAUCGACUGUCUGCGUACACGCUUCACCCAGUGGCCCUGGGCGAAUUGGAGCCCCCACUGCAAACCACGACGAUUGAAAACGUAGGCUCCAAGCCAGUAACGUACAUUGUGCAGGAGGAUUUGACGCAACGGGUGACGCAGAUGAAUUGCGGAUUUCCGGUGUUUCAGUGCCUGAACCCAACCGGCAUGAUCCCUGCUGGAGGCUCGGCGCAGCUCCAUUGGUACUUCCGCCCACUAGAGGCGCGAAGAUACCGCAUAGAUGUCGCGCUGCGCACGGUGGACGGCGAGGGCUACGAAAUGGAGUUUGUGGGUCUCGGCUACCACCCCAAAAAGGACCCACUGGAGACGACACGCGGAAUGAUAAACGACGCCUUCCUGCCCAUCCCUGUUGCGCCUGCGCUUCGGCUUCCCGUUGAGAAGUGCCCCCUCGCCCUGUCAAUGGACGUGAUGCGUAUUGGGGCCGCUCCAUGUUUUUCGCUGCAUCGCCGCUUUUGCUACCUUGAAAACAGGCACCCCCGCCACACAUACUCAUUUCUGUGGGGCACAUACCUGGAACCGGGGAGCUCUACCGUCACGGUGACGCCCUCUGGCGGGGUGCUCGGCCCGGGGGGACGCGUACGCUGCCUCCUAACCUUGCACUGCGGCAGUCUGAGCCAAGUUUUGGAGACAUCCAUCUUUUGUCACGUUCGCAAUGAAACACUCAUCACCGCUCCCGGGAAAAAACCACGGGGAGUGGCAACUGCCGCGAUGGAGGACAAACUCGCAGACAGCGAAGUGGGGGAGGAAGACGCUUAUGACGACCCGCUACUCGAUGCCAAAACACCACGCGGUAAGGCCUUUGAGCGCUCGACCUGCACUAAGCCACGGCUACUGGGGUAUGGUGGAAAACGCAUGUCAGCAACAGUCCCUCCACCCGAGUAUCAAAGUAUGCGUAUGAUCGCUGCUGCUGCUGCUGCUGCUGCCGCUGCUGCUGAGACUUACACGACAAACUCCUUCCCUGCUUCUUCGACACCGACGAUGAUGACCCCUCGGGGCACUGCGUCGCGUAGACCGCUAGGUCUUGAGGAUGGGCCUGUGCUGGAGCACUCACUUGAAGUCUUAGUCCAGGCACGGAUCAUCUCAAUGGAGGAAUACGAGCGACUUUAUGGGAGACGUGCCUUGCAGCAGUUGCACUUCCCCACACUUUGCCAGCACUACGUGGAUUCCACCGUUCUUUCUCAGUUUCGCAAAGAACGCGUGGAUAAAAUUGGCGCGUACUCUUCUGACGAGGCCGCCGUGGCGUUGCGGGUGCUGGAUGGGCUGCUGCGCGCCAUCAUUGCACGGCCGCUGGUUCGUGCCAGCUUCACGGAGCCUGUCAGGGAGCGUAUUCCCUACUACAGCGAGAUGGUGUGUGCGGAGGUCGGAUCUGUUCUCCGCACUGGUGGUGCUUCGGCCUUCUUCACCAAUCCGUGUGAGUCAACCACCGAUGUCGCCCUUCCCCCGCGCUUCCGCUCCGCUGACACGAAGGUGGGGAAGCAAGCGGGCGGUUCACUCCCCACAGCCCCUGCAAUGCCGCUGAGGGAGACGACAGCGAGCAAUGGCGUCGUGAGGAACAUUCUGGAGGAGGUGCUUGCCGAUGUCACGCUUCAGGCGGUUGAUGCCGUGACGGAGAAGCUGCAUCUCCUCUGUAGAGAGGCUCUCGGAAGGGUGGAUAGCAGCUAA